AUGGCAGAAGAAGCAGAGAAGUAUAAGAGAAAGCAGGAAAUGCAAGCAGAAGCCCAUGCAACUGGAGACCAAGGCUGCUUGAUGGUGGAGUUUGGUGACUUCCAGGGACGGUCCAUGAAGGAUGUUUAUGAGGACCAGAGCAAGCAGUCCCAAGCCCUCAUCAGGUACCUGGUAAAGGCAAAUCCCAACCCCAACACCAACAUGGCCAUUUUCAAGACGUAUGUCUUGAAAAGACAGGCUUCUGCUGUGGGCACCUGUGUAUGCCAGCCUGCACCUCAAGUUGCAACCUCCAGUGCCUCUGCACCUCCACCUGCAACCUCCAGUUCCUCUGUACAUCCACGUGCAACCUCCAGUGCCUCUCCACCUCCACCUGCAACCCCCAGUGCUUCUGUACCUCCACCUGCAACCUCCAGUGCCUCUGUACGUCCACGUGCAACCUCCAGUGUCUCUGCACCUUCACCCGCAGCCAUCAAAACUGGUGUUCACCAGAGCGCCACUGUGAAAGCACUGUUGACGCGUGGCAAACAUUUGUCUCCUUCACACCUGGCGAGAAAACUCAUGUCACCAGUGAAACACUAUCCAUUGCUGCAGUCCACUUUACCUCCUCCAGCAGCAGAACCCCCAGUCACACAUUUGACCCGAAGGCAGCUUUUCACUACUGGCACUUCCGUUUCCACUGCUGAAGAUGAUGAUGAUGAGGAACUGGUAUUUGCUGCAUCACAAUGUGAAGCACAGCUAAAUACAGAGACCUGUUCUGGUCCGUCUCCAUCAGCGGAAACAGCAAAAGCACCAGGUCUUCCACAUCAUCCACCACCAGCUGAGCUUCCAGUUCACUGGAAAGAUCAUCUUCCACCUUUCCAGCAUGAGUGGAUACGGAACACACUAUUUAAGGCCAACCCGCGAACCGGCAAGCCAGAACUAGUGUCCCAACUGAAGCUUUGGUGGUACCCUCCUCAGGUCCCUUUAAUUCACACUCAGCUGCCCGCCUCACCUGACCUCUUCUUCUGUCGGCCCCUUUUCUUAUGGAUGCCGCUCAAGAUGUGGCGAUUUCCUCUUGUCUGUGUUCGACCAGACUGUGAUAAGCACAAACUAACAGCCGCAGGACUUUACCGUACCGUGCGCAAAGUCUUGGACAUCGACGGUUGGUAUGAUCUUGCCACUGAGUAUCUGGAGUGCAAACGCUGCAAAAAAAAUAUACCCCGCCUGGUCCGAGGACAUUUUGGGGCAACUGGAUAUGGGCCACCGCAAUACUCAUGUGACAACCGGGUGCUGAGGAUGAUGAGGGAGAGGACACAGGGCAACAGCGUGACACAGAUGUACAAGAAGCUCAUGGAACAACACAGUGAGGCAUGGACACAGCGUGUCCUUCAGUACCUGACUGCCUGUGAACCAUUUACAAGGUCCUUCCUUGUGCAGCCACCUGUGUUUGCCGAGCCUCCCUCUUUACCUGCCCUACCUAAACCUAAGUGGCUGUUAGCCGUGUACGCCAGGGAUGUUCUGGGGCGACUGCACGAGGUCAAAGCCAAAAUUACAUCUGUCUUGGGCUGUGUUCUAAAGAUGGACUCCACAAAGAAGGUCACAAAGAAACUUGCCGGUGCUGCUGCAGGAACAGCUGCCUGGUGCACAAAUGUAGGAAACGAACACGGCCAAGUCCUUGUCUCUGUGCUGACAGCCGCAGAGGGACAUGGACUGCACCCUAUGGCAGCUGGCCUAAUGAAACGCUACCGGGAGGCAGGAGAGGCAGCCCCGAAAGUGAUGUACGUGGACAGAGAUUGCUGCAGUCUUCAUGGCAAGUCUCAGGUGAAGGUCAUGUUUUCGGAGUGGGAUGAGCUUGAAGUGCGCCUUGACAUCUGGCAUUUCAUGCGGCGAUUUGCUGCAGGUGUCACGACAGAGGCUCAUCCGCUCUACGGGACCUUCAUGGCACGUCUGUCCAUGUGCAUCUUUCAGUGGGAUUCAGAUGAUGUGGCUGCUCUUCACCGUGCAAAGGAGGGUGAGCUGGCAGCAAAGAAGGCCGGCCACAUCUCAGGAAAGGCGCUGAGUUCCCGCAUUACCCGGAGAGAGUUGGCACUGCACUGCCGGAGGAGGACCAGGGGUGUGGAGGAGACCACCAGAUUAAUUGGAUCUCUGGUUGAUCUGUUUGACAGUGCGAGUGGUAAAGACACUCUGGGAGUUCCUCUGCUGGACCAUGAACGGAUCCAGCAGAUAUGGAAAGAACAGCGGAAGCACGUACAGUGUAUCCAAGACCCAGAGAACUUUCCCCUCUUCAUGAAGACAGGGACACUGAAGAAAGGCAGUGUGGAGCUGUGCUGCUACAGAUGUGCCCGUUGCUCUACCUCUUUGGAAUCAUUCCACCUCCACCUAAACCGUUUUAUUCCAGGAACCAGUGCCAGUGAUGCACAUUUUCAGGCUUAUCUUCUUGAGGGCUUGAUGCGCUGGAAUGAUGACAGGAUGGAAGAUGCCAUAAAAGGAGCGUCCUCCAUCCGGACAUAUGGCAGUGCCAUGAAAGAGGCUGUGGACAAGCUUUCCCGAACUGUCUUCGGAAAGCCCUGGGAUGAGCGCUAUCGCCCUCCUGGAGCAUAUACAGGUGAAUUGCUGGGAAUGGAGUACCUUUACAGCCAGACUGGCAAAACACUUACUCCAGUGCUCCAGAACCCAGAGGAGGAAGACAGGCUGGUGGAGGAAGUUGAUGAUCAGGACCUGCAAGAUGAGGGGUUUGAGGAAGAGAUCAUGGAGGACAUCACAGUUCCAGUGCUGUAUGAGGAUGACCUUUGCCGUGAUCUUGAAAACAGCCCCUCAUCUUUGCCUCUGCAUCAGUCCCCAGCAUCGAUGGCUGAUGUGUCACUGGCUGAGCCGUCCACAUCAUCAUCUCCUGGUGGAGAACAACAGCAUCUUGCCCCUGCCCUUUCAGUACUGUCACAGUCAUCUGACACUGGAAGCAGUAUUUCCGACGAGGCUCAGGGAGCAGUCAUUGGACCCGAUGGCAUCGCUGGGUGGGACAAGGUCCAGGAUUUGGCUGGUUACCUGGUUGGUCUUCGUGAGGCUCCUUACCUUACUGACCAGCAGGUGACAGAGGCCAUCCAGCUUUGGACAGCUCUCCUAGAUUUCGAUAAGCAGCGGGUCAACUAUCAGCCUCGACAUCAGCCUCAGCUGACACAUGGGCGCUAUAAGGCACCGAAGCGGUCUGGAGUCACACCAGGUGUGGAGAGUGUGAAACGUCGACAAACCAAGAAAGAUGGAGUUUGCACCCCCAGGUGGUCUAAAGUUCUUUCAGAUUACCACCACAUCCGAGAGUUGGUGCUUAACAAUCCCACUCUGAUGGAUGAAACAACGAUCCAGCUGUUUGAGAUAAACCAUAGGACACUGACUCAGUGGUUUCGUAAGUGGAAGAAUAGACAGGAAAUGGGCGUCCUCGGUCAGGGUCUGACUCCAUCUAACCCAAUUGCUGUGGCUGAUACGCACCUGCCUCCACCGAGGGAAAAAUUGAAUGAAGUGCCAUCGACAUCAGGCCCAAAACAUCAAUUUUUCCUUCCACCAAAUCGUGAAGGACAGGCUCCUCUUCUGCGACCAGGUCGAAAGCCAGCUGCUGCCACCAGGGAGUUUCCCAUUGCAUCCGCCCCCACAGCAUCAGGAGUUGUGCAGCCCAUCGCACCUGCCCCCACAGCAUCAGGAGUUAUGCAGCACAUUUUGGCCCCCAUCGCACCCGCCCCCACAGCAUCAGGAGUUGUGCAGCCCAUUUUAGCCCCCAUCGCACCUGCUCCCACAGCAUCAGGAGUUAUGCAGCACAUUUUAGCACCGGGGUUGUCGUUUGGCACGGUAGUCUUUAAUCCAGACAUGACUGUGUCAGUUGUGAUUCCACCUUCUGGUGCUUCGACAUCCAGUGCAGUCCCAGCUCCGCCUGCUCCGGCGUCUGCUGCUCCUGUGUCCCGUUACACGCAAAGGAACAGGCGCCGACGGGCUAUGGAGAAUGAAAGUGGUGUCCAGAAGAGGAAGUAUGUGCGAGGGGUUACUUUUAACACGUGCAGCAAAUGUGGGCAGCCCAAAACGAAAGAGUUUGGCCAUAGCCGAUAUGGUAAUGCCACAUUUUGCUUGCGUGCCUCAAAUGGCAAAUCUUUAGAGGAAUGGUUGGCAGAGCAGCGCCAGCAAGAAACAUGUCAAACUCCACCACCUCAAUAA